UUUUCCAGGGUCUUUGGAUGAACUGUGCCGGCAACGCACUGGGUGCUUUUCACUGCAGACCUCACCUUACUAUCUUCAAAGUAGAAGGUUACAUCCAAGCCUGCAGAGGACUGAUGAUCUCCGCUGUCUGCCUGGGCUUCUUCGGUGCCAUUUUUGGACUGGUUGGGAUGAAGUGUACAAAAGUCGGAGGCUCUGAUCAGACUAAAGCAAAAAUAGCUUGUUUAGCAGGACUGAUCUUCAUACUCUCUGGGUUGUGCUCUAUGACUAGUUGUUCCCUGUAUGCAAACAGGAUUACGUCUGAGUUCUUUGAUCCUUCUUUUGUUGCACAAAAGUAUGAAUUAGGAGCAGCUUUGUUCAUUGGAUGGGCUGGAGCUUCACUCUGCAUAAUUGGUGGCAGUAUAUUCUGCUUCUCAAUAGCUGAAAACAGUAAUUCUCCAAGGAGGGGUUAUGCAUAUAAUGGAGCCACAUCUGUGAUGUCUUCUCGUACAAAGGUCCACAACAGCGUCCCAGACAAAACCCCACCAAAGCACUUUGACAAGAAUGCUUAUGUUUAAUUGUACUGUUGGAAGAUUCAAAGCAUUUUAAAAAUGAGUUUGUAUGUUUCAUUCAGAGUGAUUUCUCCCCCUACCCCAACGUACUUACCACUAAGACAAUGACUUUUUAAAACAUUAAAUUGCAGCUUUUUACAUAUUGAUGUAAAUUUUAUUAUAUAAUAUUUUAAGAUUGAUGUUGGUAUUGUAAAGUUUAUACCUGGAAAUCAUGAACUGAUGUUGCUUUCUUGAAAAAAAUAAAUGAGGUAUUUAACAAUUCAG